AUGUCGACUUUGAUCGCUUAUCAUGCAGAAUGGGCUUUGUUGACCCCGGAAGCAGGAACUCGAGCGCCAUCGCUUGGAACAAAUUCUGGCCUACACUUGCGGGCUGAUACAAGACUUCCGUCGGUCUUCCCGCCGCCCAUGCUGAUGCAUACCCGACCAUCACCAUAUCGUAUCCUGCUCCGCCACGUGGAUUCGGCGGACCUGUGGAGGAAAAACCCGGAGAUUCUGCAAGCAUGGGAGGAACUAAAGGUGAAACAUGGAUUGACGUGCAGUCCAUUCGAUGAGAAAGCACUGUGUACUUUCGGAUUGAUCGACGGAGAGGUUCUGGGUGGUUGGAGCAGGGUCAUUAGCACGGACCAGAAUCGCAAACUGGGUUGGCACGGGUUUGUGGAUACCAAAAGUGGCGCGGUCAAGCAGGUCAUCAUGGAGAUGGCAGAUCUUCGUAUGGCGUUGCCUCUUGCAUAG